CAGUUUCAGUUCCGGCGACCUAGCUGUCUUCUCCAGGACCUGUCAGCUCUGUUGUUCCGAAGCUGCGACGUUUUGGCUUCCUGGUUCAGCACACAUUACAUAAAGCAGUAGAAAGGUCAAGCGCAGCUGGUAACGAAGCCUUGCGGAGCCAGUUAACUUCAAUUCCUGCCGGGCCGUCCUGCGGGGCGUUUUCCCGCCGAUAUGGAGACCGGCUCGCAGCCUGGCUCGCAGCGGCCCUCGGCGCCCUGCCUCCCGGACAGCUUGUAUGACUUUGACGAAGACGUGCCGAACCCGCGCACAGAAGCAGCAGAAACAGUACCACAGGCGUCAGGGGCGGAAGCGGAAGCGGAGGCGGAAGUGGCAGAUGCGACGGCGGGAUUACCGGCAGGGCAGCGGCUUAGCGACGCUGCCGGCCCGCCGCGCGGUGACGAUGCCACUGCUGCCGGCGGCCCCAGCACUGGCCUUGAGGAGACGGCAGAGUUGCGGGUUUCAUCACAAUGCGACACCGGCGAUACCGGCGAUGGCGGGAACAGUCGCGAGGACAGCCGCGGUGGCGGCGGCAGCAGCGAUGGUGGCGCCGCCGCCGGCGCAGCAGGCGGCACCGCAACCGGUGGCGCUUUUAACGGCAGUAGCACCAGCCACAACGACAGCAGUGGUAGCGGCAGUAGCAACGGCGGCAGUAGCGGCAGUAUUUGCGGUGGAGUGACGCUGGCGCAGGUGCUGCGCAGCCUUCCGCCGGACGUGGCCCGGCGGCAGAUCUGGGGCCGGCUGGGGUGGGGCGAGCGGGCAGCGCUGCGGGCGGCGUGUCGGGAGGUACGGCAGGUGGUGUGCGGCGGCUGGGUGUGGGACCUGCGGGUGCGCGUGGCGGUGGCGGGCGGGUCGGGGGCGCGGGUGGGGCUGGGCGCAGCAGCAGCUGUAGCUGCUACUUCCGCUGCAGCUUGUGACGUGGCCGAUGCGACGGCCUUCGUGAUGGCAGAGGCGGAGCCGGAUCAACCGGCAAGGAGCAGCAGCAGCAGCAGCAGCAGCGGUAGCGGCGGCGGCGGCGGCCCUGGCGGUUCUGGCGGCCCUGGCGGCUCUGGCGGCGGCGUCAGGACGCAGCCGCUGCACUCGCUGUUCCGUGCCACACGCUCCGUCACCUUUGACGUCACAGAGCCCUACCUGCUGCCGCCGCCGCCACCGCCGCCAGCAGCAGCAGCAGCAGCGGCAGCGGCAGCCUCCACGUCAGCAGCAGUCCCAUCUGGGUUAAGGGGAUCUCUGGUACCCGGAGGCCCAGCUGCCGCCAACCGCGGCGGCUAUGGAUGGCCGCCAGCGACGGCGGCGCGGGGGGCAGCCGCAGCUGCAGAGGCUGAGGCGCAGGCGCAGGCGCAGGCGCAGGCGCAACGGGCAGCGGUCAUGGCACACUUCAGUGGCUUUGGCUUCGGCGCCGGCCCAAGCGACCAGCGGCACUUGCCAGCAGCAUCAGCAGAGACAGUAGGCGGCAGCGCGGCGGCAGCGGCAGCGGAGGCACCCCCGCCGCCGCCGCCGCAGCCGCCGCCACAGCCGCCGCAGCCGCCCCUGCUGACGCCGGAGGGGCUGGGCACGUGCGGGUACGUGACCUCCGUACGGUUGUACGGCCUGCCAUGUGGCUACCUCGUGCGGCGGCAACAGCCGCCGCCACCGCCACCGCAACAGCCGCAGCCGGAGCUGCAGCCGCAGCCGCAGCCGCAACAGCUGCAACAGCCGCAGCGGCAAGUGGUGGGGGCUCCAGAUGUGGAGGCGCUGGCGGCAACGUUGGCUCGCGCCUACCCCGCCCUGCAAUCCCUGGUGCUCGGCUGCACCGCCGGCGGCAUCGGCCCCGCCGCCGCCGCCCGGCUCCCUUUACUGCGCAUCCUGCCACCGGCGGCGCGUGCACCUGCCGAGCCGACUGCGCCGCCGCCGCCGCCGCCGCCGCUGCUCAACCUGGACCAACUGCCGCGGCUGAGUCAGCUGGAGAUCUUGGUCAGCGCCGCCGCUGGUGGCGGCGGCGGCGGCUUUGACGGCAGCUUUGGCGGCGGCUUUGGCAUCUUUGGCGUCCUCAGCGGCGGCUUCGGCGGCUUCGGCGGCGGCAGCGGCGGAGGCGGCUACAUCCGCCCGGAGGAGGCGACAGCGGCUGCAGCAGCGCUGCUGCUAGGCGGCCGGCAGGGCAGUCCGCCGCCGCUACUGCCGGAUCCAUCACUGCGCCAACCGCCGCCGCCGGCGCCGCCGCUGCUACUGCGGCCGCCACUCUCCUCCCGCCUGACGGCGCUGCGGCUGGGCGGGUCGGGUCUGGUGCUGUGUGCCCCGCUGCUGUCGGCAGUAGCAGCGCUCACCGCCCUGACAGAGCUACGGCUGCGGCUACUGCCGCCGCCGCUGGCGCCGGCGGUGUGGGCGCCUGCAAGGCCUGACGGCCGCCUUGAUGCUCAGGAGAUACCGUUAGGCCCGAACCCGACACUAGAGCUGCCGGCACUGACGGCGACGCUGGCGGCGCUACGGCGACUGCGGUUGCUCAGCUUCGACCUUGCUGAUGGCGACGUCAAUGGCCGUAGCGAUGGCAGUAGCAGCGGCGGCGGCGGCGGCGGCAGCGGCGGCGGUAGUGGCAGUAGCAGUGUCGCUGCUGCUGGGUCCGGCAGUAGCAGCCGCAGCUGCUACUCGAGCAGCAACAACCCGUACUCCGUGCCACCGGGUUUGCUGCUACUGCCUUGCAGUCGUGCCGAUGCCUGGCUAGAUGCCUCGUCGCCGCCACAUGAUGCCGUCCAAAAAGAGAACUCAUCACUGCCAUCAUCAUUAUCAUCAGGAGCGUGGUGUGAUAGUAUCAGCCGCCAGGACGCAGCUGACGUGGCGGCGGCGGCGGCGGCGCCACCGCUGCUGCCCCCCCGAGGCCGCUGGCUGGGGGCGGCGACGGCGGCGGCGGAGCUGCUGAAGCACUGCCUGACGCCGCUGUUGCCGCGGGGCCGUGCCGCCGCCGCCGCCGCUGCCGCCGCCGCCGCCGCCGCUGCUGCUGCUGCGGCUGCUGCUGCUGCUGCUGCCGCAGGGCCAGCGCCUCCGUUUGCAGCGGCCGGCGGCGCCGGAGCGGCCGGGACCGCGGGCGUGGUAGCAGGAGUAGCAGGAGGGGCGGCGGGAGGUCUGGGCCUGGCCGACUGCUGGUCUGGUCUGGUGGCGGGUCUGGGCGGCCGUCUGACACACCUGGACCUGCCACUGGUCAUGAUUGACAACGAGAUGGUCAAGGCUCUGGGCCUGUGCCCCCACCUCACACACCUGGCAGCGCUAGGCCUGGAGCCCAAACUGCGGCUGCCGCCACCCCGGCAACCACCCCAACCACACCAACCACCCCAACCAACCACCUCAACACAUCAGCCCUACCACCAACACCACCAGCCGCCGCCGUCGCCGCAUCGCCGUCGUUUUGGUGGUGGCGGUGGCGGUGGUGGGGGUGGUGGCGGCGGUGGUGGCGGCGGUGGCGGCGGCGGGCUGGUGUCACUGCGGCUGGCGGACGUCAGGCUGGGCCGAGGCCUAGUCGCCUUCGUGCGGGCCGUUGCUCCGAACGCCCGGCGUGUGGGCCUGGGGCUGCGACUGGAAAUGUACCAGCUGCAAGAUGCGGCGGCGGUGGUUUCGGCGAAGUUGGAGGCAGCGGCGAGGGCGGCGGCGGCAGUUCGGCAGCAGUCGCACCCGCCGCUGCUGCACGAUGGCGCGCCGCAACAGCUGCCGCCUGUAGCAGCACUAGCUGAAGCUGCUACAGCACGUCUUGGCCAUAUCUUUGACAGGAUGUUGAUAUUUGCGGCGCCGGCGGAGGCAAGGACCGCUGAGGCAGGCCGUCCGCGGCAGCAGCAGCAGCAGCAGCAGUUGAUAGCAGGUGACAAUGUUAAGCGUGCGGCCGAGGCAGCGGCGGCCGCAGUCGCGUACGGAGCUGCGGCGACCUGCGGCGCAGCGCUAGCCGCCACCGCCGCCGCCACCGCCGCCGCCGCCACCGCCGCCGCCGCCACUGGCGCCGCCGCCACCGCCGCCGCCGCCGCCACUGGCGCUGCUGCGACAGCGGCAGCAGCAGCUGCGUCGCUGGCUGCGACCUCGCAGACUGUGGCGGCUGCUGCGGCUGCAGCUGCUGAGUCUGCAUCUGCAUCUUCAUCAACAGAAGUUGCAGAUCUCAUCAACAUGAGCAGUGCCGCCGGCACGCUGCCGCCCUGGGCGGAUCUGCUGCUGUGGCUGGCUGGCGGUGGCGGCGGCGGCGGCGGGCGCAGUGGCGGCGGCGGCGGUGCUUCAGCUACUGCUACCGCCGGUGCUACUGCUGCUGCCGCUGGUGCUACUGCUACUGCCGCUGGUGAUGCUGACGUGUGUCUGGCUCUGCAAGGCGCGCUGGAGGUGGAGGCGGUGGCGGGCUGGCUGUCGGGGGCACUGGGGGGCCGGCUUACAGGGCUGGUGCUGCAGGGCAGCCGGCCCCUGCGAGACAGCGGCGCCGCCGUUCUAGCUGGCUGCUACCGCCGCAGGAGCAGUAGCAACAACAUCGGCGGCACCGAUAGCACCGCCGGCAACAGCGGCAGCAUCGGCAGUAGUGGUAGCACCGCUGCUACUGCUACUGCUGCGGCUGCUGCCACACCUGCCGUCGUACCGCAGCUGCUGCUGCCGGCGUUUCCGCGGUUACGGCGGCUGGAGCUUGGGUCGUACGACUUGUCGCGCCGUGGUCUGGUGGCCCUGGCGGCGCUGCCGGCACUAGAAGAGCUCAUCUUCGACAUGCAGAGCUUCACGGCCUGGAUCGAACCCGAUGACCUGCUGGCGCUAGCUACUGCCGCCGCCACCAGCACUGCCGGCGGCAGUAGCACCGGCUACACCGGCCUUGCUGCUACGUUAUCGAAUGCUACUUCUACUACAGCUGCUACUGCCGCGGCGGGCCGAGCUGCUGCUCCUGCGGCCUGUUCUUCAGGCGGCGGCGGCGGCGCGGCGGCAGUAACUACAGCAGGGGCGCACGUGCUACAGCCGCCGCCGCCGCCACUUCGGAUUGCGGCGACGUCGCUAACGCCGGAGCAAGCGAGGGGCAUCAACGCCCGGCUGCUGGCUGACACCGCGGCCGCUGAGGCCACGGUGAUGGCAAAGCAGGUGGUGGUGGGAAGGGAGGUGGGAAGGGAGCUAGGAGCCGUGGCCGGCGGGGAUGGCGUGUGUGCAGGGGAGAGGGUGACGGGAAUGGCGCCGCCGGCGGAGGGGUGGGGUGCGCGGGAAGGACACGGCGGCCGGCGGUGGGUCCGGAGGCCGGUUGUGGUGGUGGCGGCGGUCGAGGAGUUGAGCUGAGCCGCUGAGGUAGUAGGAAUGCUGCGGCCUUCUGGAGUGGAUGCUGCCGCGAGGUACUGGGAGGAGCUUUUCGGGUAAUCGGGUGGCGGGGCGGGGGGGCAUGAGGGCGGGUAGCCACUGUGAAGCUACCCCGCAUGAAGCAUCGGUUGGAGGCGGUGGUCGGUGGAGGCAUGCAGGCGGACUUGCGAUUAGCACUGCUUACGGUAUACUCAUA